AUGUUGCAGCGUCUGAUAGAGUUACGCGAGCCAGUUGGAGCAGCGUUAGCUGGACUACAGACUGACAUUCCCAUUCUAACAUCAGAGGAGUUCGAAAUUGUACGAGGGUGCCUUUCUUUGCUAAAUCCCUUCUACUAUGCUACUGUUGAGCUCUCUGCAGAGGAGACUGUUUCUGCCUCCAAAGUCAUUCCCCUCUUAAAGGUGUUGGAGCAGAGCCUUCAGGAGGAGAUGGCAAAACCAGCACCACCUGUUUCACUUGAAGUUGGAGACCACCUCAUCAGGCAACUACGGGACAGGCUACAAAUGUUACAAUCCAUGAGCCUUUUAGCUCUAGCUACCCUGCUUGAUCCCAGAUUCAAAGUAAUUGUUUUUUUCAGCCACACUAAAGUCACUGAGGCAAUUACGAGACUGACCUCCGAAUGUGCCACAAUGAUGCGUUCUAGACCAAGCUUUGAUGAAACACCCCAGGCUUCGACUUCUCAAGAUGCUACUGGAGGUAGCAAACUGUGGCAUCAUUUAGAUGCAAGCGUGAUGGAGGCCAGAAAAUCCAAAAAUGUGACUGCAAAUGCCACUGUGGAAGUCCAGCGCUACCUUUCAGAGGCCAACAUAACAAGAAUGGAAAAUCCAUUGGAGUACUGGGGGGGGGGGGGAACUCCAGUACCCCAAUUUAUACAGACUUGUACAUGUCUUUUUAUGCACGCCAGCAUCUUCAGUGCCUUGUGA